ACUACCAUCCGCCCCGUCCCCCGCCCUAUAUCCCAGUGUCCUGGAAGGGACAUGGUGCUGUCUGAGCUGGCGGCGCGCCUCAACAGCGCCGAGUACAAGAACUGGGUAAAGGCGGGUCACUGCCUGCUGCUGCUCCGCGGCUGCCUGCAAGGCUUCAUCGACCGCGAGAUGCUCGCCUUUCAUCAGGGCCUGCUCGCUGCUGCUCCCAGCCUCGGUCCCCGCGCCACCUGCCGCAGCGGCUCGCGGUGCAGCCCGCGCGCCCGCCAGUUCCAGCCUCAGUGUCAGGUGUGUGCAGACUGGAAACGGGAGAUUUUGAAACAUCAUACCAACAGAAACGGAGACAUCUACUGGGGGAACUGCCAGCCGGGCCGCUGGCCCAUCGAUCCCUGGGAGGUGGCCAAGGCCUUCAUGCCCCGUGGACUGGCAGACAAAACGGGACCCCAGCAAUGUGAUGCAGUUGCUCUUUUAAAUCUCAUCAACUCCUGUGAUCACUUCACGGUUGAUCGAAAGAAAGUCACAGAGGUGAUUAAGUGCCGUAAUGAGAUCAUGCACUCUUCAGAGAUGAAGGUAUCUUCUGCCUGGCUACAAAACUUUCAAAUGAAGAUCCAAAGUUUCCUGAAUGAAUUCAAGAAUAUACCUGAUAUUGUGGCAGUAUAUUCCAGAAUAGAACAGCUGUUGACAUCGGAUUGGGCUGUUCACAUCCCUGAGGAAGAUCAGCUGGACUCGUUUGAAUCUGAUGCAGGAGUUCACUUGAAUGAGAGCCAAAUCAAUGAAAUAGAAAUGGAGUUGCUCAAAGAAAAACUUCAAGAGCUGUAUCUUCAAGCUGAAGAACAAGAGAUGGUGCCUGAAGAGACCUUAAAUCAACUGGAAGCAGUGAAAGAAUUCCUGAGAAACAACGAGGAUCUGAGAAAUGGACUUACAGAAGAUAUGCAGAAGCUGGAUAGCUUGCGGCGAAAGCAUUGCCAGCCAGAGUCAGAGGAACCCCGGGAGACAGAUACCUGAAGGGGAAGGCAAUGGUUGCCCUUCAACAGAAAUCUGGCAUGUUCUAUGAAAAUGAAAGUCAGCGUGGCUUUCACCUCAGCCUUUCUUUUCUAUGCAAAAGGAAAAAAAAAAUGCAAGAGUACUUCACCCAAGUAAAAAGGAAUGUUUGCUUUCUA